AUGUCAGAGAAACCAUUGGGCUUCGGCUACCAAAUUGGUGCGGGGGCUAUUGCUGGUGUGUCUGAGAUUCUCAUAAUGUAUCCUUUGGACGUCAUCAAGACGAGAGUGCAACUUCAAGGCAAUGUCGCCGUCCCUGGCCAAGAUCACUACACUGGGAUGAUCGAUUGUUUCCGAAAGAUCGUCAAGAAUGAAGGUCCUUCUCGCUUAUACCGUGGUAUCGGAGCUCCAAUCAUGAUGGAGGCGCCCAAACGAGCUACCAAAUUCGCUGCCAAUGAUUCCUGGGGGUUAUUCUACCGCAAUCUUUUUGGUGUGGAGAAAGCCACCCAACCUCUCGCCAUCCUGACUGGAGCGACUGCCGGUGCAACUGAAGCCUUCGUCGUAGUUCCGUUUGAAUUGGUCAAGAUCAGAUUACAAGAUCGUGCUUCGGCAGGCAAAUACAAGGGCAUCGUCGACUGUGUGAUCAAGACGGUAAAGUCAGAAGGACCUCUCGCGUUGUACAACGGUCUGGAGUCGACAUUAUGGAGACACAUUCUAUGGAAUGCCGGUUACUUUGGAUGUAUUUUCCAAGUCAAGGCACUGAUGCCCAAGGUGGACAAGUCAGACAAAGGCAAGGCUAUGCUGACGGAUUUCAUUUCGGGUACUAUUGGCGGAACAGUUGGCACUAUUUUGAACACACCCAUGGAUGUUGUCAAGUCUAGAAUUCAGAAUUCACCCAAGAUCGCAGGUCAGUCUCCAAAGUAUAAUUGGGCUUGGCCUGGAUUGGGAACCAUUUUGAAGGAGGAAGGGUUUGGCGCCUUGUAUAAAGGUUUCUUACCCAAGGUGCUUCGGUUGGGACCGGGAGGUGGCGUCUUGCUCGUCGUCUAUACCGGCGUCAUGGAUUGGUUUAAAAAGAUGGGAGCCCAACCAAUUGGUUAG